AUGUCAGAGGAUAUAUUGCAAUAUUCCUCGAAUACUGAUUCGGAUGAUUCUGAUUUCGAAAGUGCUCAACCAAGAAAUGUCGUCAUUCAAUCCAAAGAAUCAUCAAUAGUUGCGACUUACGAUGAGGAUGAUGACAAUGAUGUUCUAAAUACAGACGGUAAAAGUACAGAAGGAAAUAUUAGCACAAACCUAUCUAAAUGGUAUAGUCCGAUUCCUAAUGAGAAUAUGUUUUUUUUAUCUCAUGAAAGCACAGAAGUUCUGGUGGGUUUGACUAAGAAUCAACAGCUUUUACUUUGUGGCCAAUUCAAUUUACAGAUAGUUAAGGGUGGCAUAACAUAUAAUAACGUGCACUAUAAUAGCAGUUGGAGGACAUGGGAAAUAUGGCAUCCGGUUUGUAAUGCUGUUUCUCCAAUAAUAUCAUCUUUCUAUGCUGGUUGGGAAAGUAAACUUUUCCUAGGAGAAAAGUAUAAGCAUCUGGAAAGUUCAUUAGAAAAGUUCAACUGUGUUUUAAGAAUCAGUAACGGUUCAAAUAUUGCUCUUCUCACCAACUCUGUUCCAGAUCUAAGAGAUAUAUGGGGACCCAUAUCAUCUUUCCCUUUGCCUGGAUUCCAUAAGAAGCAACUUACGUUUACAGUAGUACCGGAAAGUUCGACGAUUGUAAGAAUAUUGAAUAUAUCCCAAGAGUGGUCUAAAGUAAUUGAUGAAAUGUGUUUAUUUCAUUCCAACUCUUCUCAGGAUAUGCGUGUAAUGGUAAUCGGAGGUAAAAACUCCGGUAAGUCUACUCUAAUGAGAUUGCUACUCCAAAAGUUUCUUCAUAGUGAUAACGAACUUAGCGAUGAACUUGUUCAUUACAUAGAUAUUGAUCCUGGUCAAACUGAAUAUUCCGCACCUGAAAGCAUUUCAUGGAAUAAAUUGGAUGCCAAGACAAUGGCUCUUGGUCAGCAUCUAUGUCAAGGUAAUUACACUACUGUAAAACAACACUUUUUAGGAUCAUCAUCACCUCAAGAUCUACCUACAACCUAUUCUAACGCUGUCGAAUCCUUAUUAAAGUCGUGGGAAGAUGAAAACUUCAUGGGAACGUCUUUCUUAAACAUUCCUGGAUGGAUCAAAGGUUUUGGCGUAAAGAUUAUUAAUCAUGCGUUAUCUCAUUUCAAGCCCACUCAUAUUAUAUUUCUAUCUCACAAUGGAAAGCCAUUUUCUUCAGAAAUAAUGAUACCAGAAACAUUUAGUACUACUCAAAGAUCAAGCUACAAACCUAUAAUAUUGGAACUACAUUCCCCACCAUUAGAUAAACAUAUUUCCCCGGCACUUCAACGCUUCAAUGCGGCAAAAAUCCGUCAAUUCAAAAUAACUGCUUUCUUGCAUAGAAGGCAUGAUAGAUCAUACAAUAUAUCUCCUUUACUCUUACAAACACCCUUGGUUGUACCGAUUGGUAAUGGAGGUAUAGCAGGAAUUAAAUUUUUACAAUCCAAUGGUCCUAUUCAUGAAGAAGAUAUAAAUCUUUCUCUAGACGGAACAUUAGUAGCAUUGCACAAUAUGGAAGGUGUGCCAGAAGUGAAAAAAAUAGGAUCUUACCCAAUAAUGAAUCGUUUACCAACCACUGGACUUAAAUUUGUUACGCUGGCGCUUAUACACUCUAUUAAUAUAGAUGAUUCUUCAAUUCGGGUUUAUGUACCGGAUUUCGCUAUAAAUUGCGUGAAACGGUCAGAACCCACAAAUUGGAUCAUUCUUAGAGGAAAAACUGAGACACCAAUCCAUGAACUAUUCCCUACUAAAAACUUCUUUAGUGAAUCUCAAGAGAUUCCCUAUAUAUCUCUCUAUCGGAAGAAGAGAAAUGAGCACGUUUGGAAGGUAAGAAAAAAUGUUAUGAGAAGAGGACAUCACAUGAAAUAA